AAAAUGCAGAAGAAAAUUUUUAGAUAAUUCUUCACGUUCUGCUACAGCAGCAUCAGACAGAAACUAAAAAGAAAAAUCCUACAAUCGCAAAAAACAGUCGACGAAACGUGCACUUACUGCGUAGUUAAAAUAUUUCCGUCCUGUAGGAGGCGUCAACACGGCUUGCCGUCACGGUUUUAUCUGCGCGUCACCACCAGUGAAGAAGAAUCUGCCCAAUAGCGUCGCAGAUUUUUGUGUUUUGAAUCAAACGCGGUGGACGUUUCUGUUGAGUUUAUUUUAUGUACUGUUUAAUUUGAUAACGCUGAACAAAGUUGACUGAAUAAGCCGAGAGUCUUACAGACAGUAAUGGCAUCCAGGAGGUCAAUCUCCUUAGGGAACGACUUGACUCCCGAUAAAUAUGGAGAACGUACUCCUCUGCGAAGUAUGGAGAAUGAAAUUCCACACGUAGAUACUACACCAUCUAAACAGAAAUCAGGCGUAGAUGCUGUCAAAACAGCAAAGGAUGAAGUUCUUCUCUGCGACUCAGUGUCUCAGUUGCACACUUCUCCAUACACCAUGACAAUACAGAAGUGGAUUCCCACAAAGGAUGAAGCCGAUUGUGGAAAUGUUACAUUUAAGUCCUUUACAUGUCCUGGAAACGAGGUUGAAAUCUCAGACUUUUCUGUGUGUAGAGAAGACAGCGUUGUUUUGCCUCUUGAUCAGGCUACAUACAGAAGUGAACCAGACGAUACGAUCAUAUCUGACAGUGUGAUUGUACAGUCAAGUGACGGCCACGUAGACCAUCUUUAUUAUAAGCCUGAGACCCCAAACACUGAGUGGACAGGAGGGAAUGGAGCCAGCUUCUGUGAAUAUCCCAGCAGUACCCAUGCCUCCGGGGUCGUCGAUAUUAAACAUCCUACACAAGAAUUGCAAGACACUACCUUGAAAUUACUGCUGUGUGAUAUCAAUGAUAGGGAAGUCCAGGUUGACGCUGCAGACCACAAGACUGUUCCUCCGUCUAACGUACAGCAUGAUGAGUUAUUACAAGACAACUGUGGAAAUUUAAGUCAUCCGUCUGACAGCAGCCAACUGAGUGAAACUAAACACACUGAUGAUUUAAAUUCUGGUAGUGUGGAUGUUGUUCCUGUCAGCACCACUUUGUCUGAGACGUCAAAUGAGUUGGACAAACAUGCUAAUGAGCUGAAUGAUAUCACCUUCAAAUCACUGAACUGCACUGGAGGAGAGAUAGAAAUCUCAGAGGCCACCGGCCUUUUGAGUGAGACCGUCAUACCACUACCAAGUGAUUCUAUGACAAGCAGCGUGUUACAAAGUGACUGCUUGAGUGAAAGCACUUUAACUGAUCAACGUGACGUUCAAGGUAGCAACAGGCACUUAGAUCACCAAUACUGUAUUGAAAGUUGCUCAAUGACCUUGAUUGGAAACAUCUCUGAUGUCAAGGAACCAGUGGUAUCCAAAGAUGGUAAAGAUGAGGUAGAACAUGGUUGCUCUGUUGUCCCUGACAGUCUGGCCUGUGACUCCUUGAUUGAAGCUAAGAAUAUGGAUGAAAAAACAAACGCAACCCUACUACCUGAGAAGACGAUCUCUCCCUCUAAAGACCAGAUCCAGCUUCCUGAUGACAUCACACCUGCCUCUCGUACACACGAUCAAAACCAACGUGAUAGUGAAACGGCAGAAUAUCAUCAGCAAGUUCAAGAAGUCGGCGUCUCAAACAUUUGUUCAUCAACAAACCACCAACCAGUCACCUGCCAGGAUCAAGAAAUGUCAAUGCAUUCAUUACAUCCAGAAGACAGUGCACUGCCCUCGGAGCUUAACAAAACCGAGUCUUCAGAAUGCGAUAAAAGUGUAGCCCCAGAGAGGGAGAGUUCCUCACCUGAGGAGGCUCAACAGCCUCUAAACUAUGAGUGUCAAGUACAGUCAGUUAACGUCCCCUCUGAUUCUUGUGAGGCAAAGGACAGUGCUCUUGGUUCAUCUGGAAAUGGACCUCUUUGUAGCCCUGCAGAAAAACCAAAUGCACAAAACAUUUGUGAUGUUUUCAAUGCUCUGUCAGAUUGUCCCUCAGUGGCGUCAGCUUUGCGACUUGGACUCCUGAGUCCUGUGGUGAGAAGAGUCUCAGUGUCUGCACUCCAGGCUUUAAAUGAUACCCGUGUGAAGAGUCUUUUGGCAGAACACUCCCCUGUCAUCACCGAAUCCUCUGUGUUAUGGGAAGAUCAAUUGGAGAGCCCAAUGCCCCGUCCUCUGUUUAACUCCACACUGCUGAGUCAAAAACAACAGUCAUUCACAGGCUCCGAAUCCAUAAAAGAAGUGGAUGAGAAGGCAUGUGACACACAUCCUUCUGAGGCCAAAAAGCCUGUUGUGGAUUUUCCAUUUAUUCCGGAUGGGCCACUUCAACAGCAACUCAGACAGAUGGCAGAAUUCCUCAUGUUGGCAUCUGGAAAGAUGGGUCCUGCUGGAAUUUCUGCAUCCACUCCAGUCUCUGCUGCCAUCACAGCCCCGUCUGCUACUCUGACGGAGACCCACAGUGUUGGUGUCGGCACUACAGUUGUGAAUAUGGUGGACCACAGCCUCAAUACGUCAGGGGAGUUUGAGCGAAAAAGAGAAGUACCUGUGGUUGAUUCCUGCACUCUGACUGACCCGCUGCUCUGGAAUGUACCACCAGGCACCCUGGAAAGCCUCCAUAGAUCUGACCUGGAACAGAGGUUGAGGUCUAGCAUGAUUAUGGUGGAGGCCCUGGUGCAACAGUUGACUGCAGCCAGAGCACAUGGAUCUCCUACUGGCCUUGCACCGUCUGAACUCAGGGAGAAGUUGGUCCAGACAGACCACACUGAGCUCAGUCAGACCACAGGCUACAAAGAGCUUUAUCUGGAGGCACUGAGCAGGAUCAGUGAGUUGGAGCUGGAUGGAAGGUCUCUACAGAACCUCACUCAGAGUGUACGUGAUGUCAAAAUUAUCAUGAGUUCUUGCAGUAGUGAGACUCACGCUGCUCUCUCUAACAUGAAGGAAAUGGAAAACCUUGUCAAAGAGGACCAACAAAGCCUCCUUUCACACUAUGGUCAGAUGAAGUCUCUACUUGAGAAAUCAAAGGUGACACAGGCUCGAAUGCUGCAGAAGGUUAAUGAUGCUUUUCAGCAAAGAGAGGACAUGAGGACACAAAUGGAGGAGGCCAACAAAGCCAAGGAGGCGGCCUUCAGUGUGACGGAACAGUUGAAGACACACUGUGCCACAGAAGUGUCAGAUCUGCAGAGGACUGUCGGAUCUCAGCAAGAGCUGCUGGCUGCCCUCAAACAGACUUACCCAGAACAGGUUUCGGUGAACCAGGCUGCUACUGAAACACUGAGGUCUGCUCAUCAUCUGUUGUCCGAAACCAUGGAGGAAAACAACAGGUUGAUGAGUGAACUCAGCGCAGUCAGAAAUCUACUGAGGAAAACUACUCCUAUGCUACUGAAGCUAAACAACAAAGCUGCGGCUGCUUUGUCCGAGAGAGAUGAAAAUGUUUCUGCCAGAGAACAAGCUGUUAAAGAGAAAGACGAGGUUGAAGAAGAUUUAAAGGAAACUAGGCUGAAUCUACAAACUGCCAGAGAGCAGAUUAAUGACUUGAAUCUACAGGUGACCAUUAUGGCAUCAGAGGUGGCUGUUCUCCAUGAGAAGAUGGCAGAAAGGGACCAAGAACGGGGCCAACUUGAAAUCAAAGUGACCGAAUUGUCCGCCACCGUUUCCUCCACGUUAGCCUCCUACACUUUCCUGGAGCAGGCACUGGCCACUGAGACGACAAAGUUACAGCAAUCAUGGAAGGACAUCCAGCAGGCCAGGGACAGAGGAAACCAGUUGGAGGCGUCGCUGGAAACAUCGGAGCAGCGUGUGUCAGAGUUAAGUCGGGCUCUGUCCCAGUGUGAGGAGCAGCUCCGUCAGUCCCAGACCCUGUCACAGUCUCAGACACUCCAGAUCCAGCAGCUCCAGGAUGUCUGCACACAGCUCGGCGGUGUGAAGGAAUUGAAUGAGUUCUUACAGAUGGAGAACGAACUUGCGAGAGAACAGGUGGUCGAGAGUGAGCGCAUGCUCAGCGCCAACCUGCAGGGACUCAGGGAGAGGAACAUCCAGUAUGAGGACCUCAAUGGUCAACUCAGUCGGCUGCAGCUAGAGAACGGAAGUUUGCAGGAACAGCUGGAAACCACGAGGUCCAGAGCGAGUACCCAGCAGCUUGAGUUUGUAGAAAAGCUGGCACAGGCAAAUACUGAGGUCACGUUACUGCAUCACACACUGAGAGGGAUCACUAAUGAGCUACAGGCAGAGCUCAGUGAUGAGAGAGCAAAGUCACAAAAGGACACGGAAUCCCAGUCGCUCAGUCAGACGACACGACGAAACCCGAACAGUUCUUUUGUUGACAGCGUCAUGUUUGCAUUAACUGCGGAGCAAGACGAAGAAGAAGAAGAAAAGAAGUCAGAGGGAGUUUUUGAAUCAGACACACCUGAAACACGGCGGGAAUCACUGUUCAGUGAGAAGAGCGCCUUCACUCGCAUAACAGCGGUCACUCCAAAGAAGAACUCAAGCAUUGUAGAAUUUAAAGAAGAAGAAGUAGAAGAAGAUCAGAGCAGUGUGGCUGAGAUGCUGGCUGACGUAGGCAGCACCGUCAACGAGCUAAUCAGUAGCCUGAAGUCGUUGCGUCAGAUUAAAGAUGCUCAGCUUCAGGAUCUCCAAAACACAGUCUUUCGCCUGCAGGAGGAGCAACAGGCUGCGAACAGCCAACAUGAGGCUGAGGUGUCAGAACUGAAGCAUCAACUUGGCCAAUUAAACGUCCUGGCUGAAAGAGGAAGUCAGGCGCUGCAGAAGAAAGCCCAGGAUGAGAAAACAGUGACAAAGCUUUCAGAAGAAGUCAAUGAAGUCCAGGAAUUUCUGAACAGACAGAAGGCUGAAAAUAGUGAACUUCGGAAGGAAGUAUUGGAGCUCCGUCGCUCUGUCCAUCAUUCGAAGAUCGAGUCUCAAUUCUUGCGCGAGGAACUGAGAAAAGUUGGCGGGAUUUCAGUGAAUCCAGCGCAUUCGUUGGAUGAGAAGAUCCAGUUAAUAAAGGAGGUGGAGAGACUGAAGGUCAGUCUUCAGGAGGUGGAGCAGGCCAAAGUCAAACUUCUGGAGAGAGCAAAGAGACAUCAAAUGAUCCACCAGAUUAACCAGCAGAAAAGUGAGAACGAACUACAGAUUUUAAACCACAUGAUAAAUAAAGUCAGAGAGACACUGCUGUCUUUGCCAGAGUUGGUGAAGAAUUGUGAACAGCUCCAACAGCUUGUUGAAUACAUUGGCUGACAAUGCCUCUUGUCAAAGGGAAAACACUUAAAUAAAUAUCCUUACAG